AUGAUGCAAACUGGUUCGCAAGUUGCUGGUUUCUCAGAGGCUUCUUCUCUUCUCUCGGGGGCUUCCAAGAUGGCUCCUAUCACUCUUGCUUUUCAAUCCCAAUACUCUCACUCCUUGAGUAAAUUCUCCACUUCAAGCACUUUACCUGCUCAAUUUCUUCAAUAUCAUGGAGCUUCACAAGAUGUCUAUUCCAAGUGCUGCCAAAAGUUGGACCAAAUCCUCAUGGAUUAUUAUGCCGUUGAGGAGAGAAAACAAACCAUUUUAACCAUUUGUGCCAUUCUCUCGAUUGGACUCAUUCCAUUAGUGGGUAUUUUGAUUUACUUUAGUUUGGAUGAACUCUUUUGGAAGAAACAAAGAGAGAAGGAGUUGAGAGGCAAGUUGCAAGCAGUGGUGGAUGAAGCCAAUAUGAAUUUUAAAUCGCAUGGAGCAUGGCUUGCAUUGGAUGUUUCACUUCAAAACAACACUUUUGGAGUCCCUUUAGAAAGUUAUGAAUUGAAAGUCAUUUCAGAAAGAGUCCAAUUACCACCCAGCAAUCAACCUCUAGCUUCUCCUGUUAAAUUAUAUGAAACAAAAACCACCUUUAAUAAGGAGUGUCGUUUCUUUGAUGUCUUUCUACCAGAAACAAUAUCUCAACAAUUUGGAUUGUCCGCUGAUGAAUGGAAGAAUCUUAUCAGUAGAAUGAAUGCACAAACAGAAGAGUCCUUGAAUACUUUCUACAAGCAGAUUACUUGUCCAUUGUAUUGGACUAUUCUUAUUUCUGCUCCCUUGUUGGGAAUUCCUUUUCUUAUCGCGUUACCCUUCCUUCUCAUUUACUUGAUUGUCAUUUACUAUGUGACUGUCAAGCCAUGUAGUGAAAAUGCUGAAAAGAUUCAAAUUCCAAAUAUUGUGAAGGAACAGAAUGAGAAAGUUUUCAAUCCAAAAGGCUUGCAUUUGAAUUUAGUUGCACAACGCUUUGGAAGCAAUAGUUUGAAUCAUGCCACUGUCACCUCUCUUCAAUUGUUUAAGCAAUAA